GUUCGUGCCAGCGGAGUGUCCGCGUCGUGUCCGAGAGUGCCGGAGUGCGUGAUCGUGCCGUGAGUGCUGUGCAGUGCCGGCCAUGGGGGAUGGGGAGAGACGCCGCCAUGCUACUCGCCAUGAAGAGGGAGCCGGACGACGUGCCUGAGGGGGAGUCUCCUGGAGGAGCGGAGUUCCUGGACAUCGUGCAAGUGCAGAGGCUCCUCAGGCCGUCCUUCCCCUAUAAUGCGCAUGCGCACAACCUCCACCCACCACCCGGCAACAUCGAGGAUUGGUUCAAUCUCUGGUUCAACAACACAGGCGCGCCCAGCCCGCCAGAUCCUACGGCGACCAUGAUCAUGGACGGCCUAGAGACACUCGCUCCCCACAGCUCUCACAGCUUCUUACUGACGGAGACCGCCGCCGCCGCGGCCCACCACUUCAACGUCCUCAGCUUCGACACCUGUCUGUACCCGCGGGGGCUGGUCACAGGUGGAGACCCCGGCGGCAGUCCCACCCCCGCCUCGGGCCCCGCCACAGACCUCUCCGAGGCCCAGGACCCCGAGCCCCCGCCCGGAGACCUCAACACCCCCGUCACCACCUCUGGCGACGGCCCCUCCUUCUUCGGCCCGUCGACCGUCGUCGAACCCCCUCCCAUUACAGAUAAGUGGUCGAGCUCAAAUCGACCUCCCACGAUAGACAACCUACACAUCCUGGUGGAGGCAUUCUGUUCUACCAAUAAUUGGAGUUUGGACCCCGAAGAGCUCUCCGAGCCCAGCAGCCCUACCAAAGGGGAAGACAGUUCCUUGAACCUCCAGCCAAAGCUAGAGAGCCUCUCGAGCCCCGUGUUAGAAGAAGAGGAGGCGAGCAGUGCCAGCAGCAUCAGCAUGUUCCCCACGGCGGGCAACCCACCCCACGGUUCCACCUCGGGCGGCAAGAUCAGCUACAGGGGAGUGUUCACCACCUCGGCCUCCAGCCCCGUCCAGGGCAAUUCCGGCCUGGCCCACUCCCCCACCACGGGAUCCUCCAACAUCAACCACUGGCUACUGCCCAGCCCGGACAAGAACCUGUUCCCCCCGAUCUUCGGACUCCUCCAGCAGCAGCAGCCCCAGUCCUCCCCUCACCAGCAGUACCCCUCGGCCUCAGGGAGCCCGGCUUCCGCACCCCACUAUGACGACCGGUCCCAGCAGCCCCACGUCGAGUUUCUCGGACUGAGCAUAGAGUGUGGUGGCAACCUCUCGCUCAAGCAGCCGCCCUCCUACCCCAGCUGCGGAAGCGACCAGGAUCUCAUGUACUCGAGGGUCAGCCAGCCGUUGAUGCAAGGAUCACCCUCCGGCAAGUACCAGUGGCUGGACUCCCCCGACUACGGUGGCGCCUCGUCGAUCGUCGUGCCGGGACCCUCCGGACUCGUGCCCAAGCAAGAGCCCGCGUACAGCGGUGUGGCGUGUAGUGCGGUCGGCGACGUGCAAUCCCCCGGUGGACAGAACUAUGCCGUGCAACUCGCCGAGUACAACCCCUCGACGAGUAAAGGACACGAAAUCCUGUCGCAGGUUUACCAACAGUCUCCCAUACCUCUGAAACUGGUCCCGGUGAAGCCCAGGAAGUACCCGAACAGACCGAGCAAGACGCCCGUGCACGAGCGCCCCUACGCCUGCCCCGUGGAGAACUGCGACAGGAGGUUCUCGCGGUCCGACGAGCUGACCAGACACAUCAGGAUCCACACGGGGCAGAAACCUUUCCAGUGCAGGAUCUGCAUGAGGUCCUUCUCCAGGUCGGACCAUUUGACGACGCACAUACGCACCCACACGGGGGAAAAGCCGUUCUCGUGCGACGUCUGCGGGAGGAAGUUCGCCAGGAGUGACGAGAAGAAGAGGCACGCCAAGGUACACCUGAAGCAGCGCAGUAAGAAAGACCAGAAGAUGGGAGGGAUGAUGCAGCAGGGCGGCUCACAACACCCGCACCACCUCCACCACCACCCCCACCUGCAACACACGGUGACGUCAGAAGACAGCCUAAACGUGCCCGUGGUGACCACUUCUCUGUGAGCGGACUGCCCCGGCACGGCCGUGUCCGUUGUGAUCUUGUCGUGCUAGCGCGAGAGCGCCGGCCACCACUCUGUGAUCAGUCUCGCCGGGCGAAGGAAGGAAGAUCGUCCCCGUCUCGUCUGUCUACCGCACACGUGCUGAGGCCUUUAUCGUGUCGAGAUCGCUUUACUCCGCCGAGGCCCUAACGUUUAGUAACAAAUCGCUUUAAUUAAUGUUAAGGGGUCUAGAGAAGGUAGCGCGAUGUCGUGUCGACGUCUAGUACCGAGUACAUUCCGUAACUUAAGAUAAAUGUAAGACUUUUAAGUUAUUUUUAUACUACUAAUAAAUAUUUAUCGGAUACUGUUGUAAAUCGAUUAUUUAUUGUACGUUGGAUCUAAGCAAAUUCUCUUGUUGUUGCGGUGUUUUACCAUUGUUGUCGAGCGAAGAGCACUUAAGGCUGCUAGAGGUACGGACGGAUUCUGGCCAGUCACUUGAAAUCCGAAAUCAGGUGGUCGUCGACAUUCCUGGACCUCGCGGGUCCCGCCUUAUCCUGAUCUCCCGUCUUCCUCUAGUCCCGGUGCGUGCCAUAGUCCACCUGUCCACCCUCGCCAGCCUUUGCCGCUCGGGUGGGAGUCAACCACUAUAAAAAGAAUCGUACAAAGUAUUAUAGGCCUAAGUACACACAAUCGUACUAAUAUUAAUUAAAUUAAGUGUAAAGUCUGUACAUAGAAUGUAUCUUCUUUAUUCCAAAUUCUGUUGACUUUGUAAAAGAUGUAGAUAUUUAACUGGUUACUAAUUCUAAUUGACUAAUUAUUAUUAAUAUUACGAUUAUUGUUGAACAGCACCAGCUGUCUAAAGAGUGACUCUUAUUUGUCGUUUUUUACUUUCCUCCCGAUACUGCACAUGUUUUGUGUUCCUAGAAUUGUCAAUGUUAAGAGGUCACAGGCCUGCUCAGCCCCACGGGGUCCUCGUUGUUGAGUGUUUCAAACUCCUCUCUACUGUAUUUGUAUAUAUUUAUACUUCACCCAUACUAUAUAGCUGUGACUGAACUGUUGUGUGGCUGUAUUAUUGUUUGUUGAAUCCAGACGAUAUCAAAUUAACACAGAACAAAGACAAAUUUUUAAUAAAAGUGUACAAAUUA